CCGCAAAUCACACCCUCCUCCCUGAGGCGCGCGAGAUCGUGGUGGGCGGCAAAAAGCAGUGGACGCUCGGCGUCAGCACCUGGAAGCCCACUCCCACCGUGAAAGCAGGCGACGUGCUCGUGUUCCAGUGGGGUGCAUAUCACGACGUGUGGCAGAUGAGCAACGUUGCAGCCUACAAGGGCUGCAACUUCCAAGCUGCGAGCCAGAAGGCGCCUGCAACCUUGGGCGGGAAGUACAA